AGUUGUAUCAUUGCAUUGGCCAUUAUUGGGUUUUCUGCAGUUUACCAGGCGCAGAGUGAAAACAGACCUACGCAAUGAAGCUGCUAUCGUGUAUCGUGAUCGCAUUGGCGGUCGUAGGUGUUUAUGGAGAUGAACCAGAGAAGUUAGUAAAUGCCAUACCUUCUUCUAUAAAUGAAUAUCCACAUUGUGUCUCCAUGAGAAACCGCGGCCAGCACAUGUGCGGCGGCAGCAUAAUUGGUCCGAAACACGUUUUAACUGCCGCUCAUUGCGUGCAGAAUUUGCCAUCAUCUGUCACCAUUGUUAGUGGGACGAGCCUUCUCAAUCAAGGUGGAGAAAGUCAUAGAAUAGAAAAAGUGUUUGCCCACGAAAAUUAUAAUCCCUACGAUCCUUCGGGUAGAGGCCCUUAUGACAUCGCUCUGAUAAAGCUGCUGGACCCCAUCACAUUUAACUCACAACAAAAGCCAAUUGCGCUCCCAACAAGUGAUAUAAUGAAGAAUGAUGCCGUUACGAUUGCUGCCUGGGGUUCUACAGGUCUCGGACAACGAGUUCAUAACGACUUACGAAAGUUGAUGAUGAACGCCAUGCUUCCGGGUGAAUGCCAGCGACUUCACGGAACCGCGAUGAAAGUUGCCCAGAGCGAACUCUGUACACUUACCUCCUACGGAACUGGAUUAUGCCAUGGUGACAGCGGUAGCGGAUUGGUUCGAAACAAAGACAAUUGUAUUAUUGGUCUGGUUUCUGGUGGAAGACCAUGUGCCAGGGGUUAUCCGGAUAUAUUCACCAAUGUCUGGCAUUAUAAAUCUUGGAUCGAAAACAAAAUGUUAUACUAAUAUUCUAAUAUUCUUUUUUAUACAUAUAUUACACAUUCCUAAUACUUAAUAAAGAUUAUUGAGCAAAUUUACUGAGAAAAAUAUUUAUUAAAAUCAAAAAAUGUCGUUCAUUACAGAGAAUGAUUUACUUGCAUACUCGUAACUAAAUAUUUGAUUAAAGAAAUUAAUACAUUGUGUUGAUUAAAAAACGUUUCUUAAAUUUAAAAAAUAUUUGCUUAAUAAAAGAAAUUUAAUAAUUACAAUAAAAAGCAAAUUUUAAGCA